AUGCUCACGAAUUGUGGCCUGACUAUUGUUGGCACUUUGCGUUCCAAUAAGCCGCAUAUUCCACCAGAGAUGAACAUGAAAAUAAGACGAGAGGCAGAUAGCAGUGCAUUUUGCUUCGACAACGACAUUACAAUGGUAUCCUACUUGCCCCGGACUAAGAAGAAGCUCGUCCUCCUCCCCUCUAUCAUGCACAGCCAGCCCACCAUUGAUACUAAUGGGAAACCAGAAAUCAUCAAUUACUACAACAAAACUAAGGGUGCAGUGGAUACAUUUGAUCAAAUGUGCAGCAUGUAUUUCUGCAGCCGUAAGCCCAGGAGAUGGCAUUUAUGUCUCUUCUAUGGAAUAGUCAAUGCUGCAACCAUCAACUCACGGAUUAUCUACUCAAAGAACAAGGAAGGGCAGCAAGUGAAGAAACAAGAGCGGCGUUCGCUUAUGCAGGACCUAGCUCUACAGAUGGUGACACCUUGGGCCCAGAAAAAGUCUCAACACACCAAGCCUAAAACGGAAUACCAAACAGGUCAUAGCAUAUCUGCUGCAGGUUAA